AUGGUCAGAAUUCUAAGUACUCCUACAGUCAUGCUUCGACGGGUGAAGCCUUUCUUUCUUAGGCGAUUUCACGCCUCUGCAUUACAUCAAUUGGCUCGGGCUGCUCUGAGACCGAUCAGAGCGACCUCAGCUUGCGAUGAGAAGUGUCUAAGCAUUAGACAAGGGCCGGAGGAGAAUAGCGUGAGGAGUUUCAUCUCUGAGUCUCUCGAAGACCGAAGGAAGCAACCCGACAAAGGCUUAAAGAAGGAAGCAACCCACGAGCCAGACGCAGAAAAUGAUUUAUCGGACGCUCGAAGUUCAAAUGUGGACUCACUCGACUCAACAUCAUUCCCAACUGGUCCACCAAGCUGGGAUCGUGGAGGCAAAACAAAGAAAAAUGCAUUGACACCAUUGCUUGCGGCGAUGCGCAAGCUCAUUGAUGCCAACAAAGGCUGUGUCUGUCUUGUUCAAGUUGGAAGUUUCUACGAGCUUUACUUCGAACAGGCCACCAAUAUCGCACCAAAAUUAGGUAUCAAAGUGGCUCUUCGACGUACAUCAAACCACACAGUGCCAAUGGCGGGCUUUCCUGUGAGCCAGCUUCAGAAAUUUGUGCGGGUUUUGGUGCACGAGCUUCGGCUUAAUGUCGCCAUAGUGGACCAAUAUCCGGGCGCUGCGGAUGCGCUCUUGCAUCGUCGAGUAUCAAGAAUCGUCACACCAGGGACGCUAGUAGAUGAGUCAUUUCUCAACUAUUCGCAAAACAACUAUUUGGCUGCCAUCUACAUUCCACCUAACAUGGCAUCUUUGCCCGAUCUGGAGCUCAGCAUCGGGCUUGCAUGGAUUGACAUCUCUGUGGGUGAUUUUUACGUACAGCAAACCACUAUGGGCGAAUUGGCAGGAGACUUGAAGCGUAUAGCUCCCAGCGAAGUUAUCUUACCAAAGGAGUACCUGCCCAGUAAUGCAGAUGCGUCUUGGAUCGGGGAGAUGGGAGAUUUGCGCAAAUACUUCGUGCGCUAUCACAAGACCGCAUAUCGUGAUUUGAAACUGCAACUUCGGGCAGAUCGUCAAGCUGCACGGAAGGCACUUGAAUCCUUCUCUGUGCGUGAGGAGGCAGCCGUGAACAUGAUCCUUUCAUACGUGUCAGUCAAUUUGCCUGACCGAAAUUUACUGCUUGACGUGCCAACCCAUUACGCUAGCGAUAAAUAUCUUCAUAUGGACUCACGUACUCGAGAUGCACUAGAACUUACGUCGCGUACUACAUUUGGCUCACAUCUGGUAGUGGGAUCUUUACUCCAGACAAUUCGGCGAACUACCACGCCUUCAGGCUUUAGACUACUUACACAGUGGAUCAAGUCGCCGAUUCUUGAUAUCAAUGAACUUCGACGCCGACAAAUGUACGUGAGUUUGUUUCGAAGGCAUCAUCUCUUGCAACUCGAGGUGCGGGGAGUUUUGGCUAGACUUGGCGAUUUUGUACGGGCAUUGCAGCGUUUGGCUUUGAGAACGGGGUUGCCUGCUCUUCAUUUGCAGACUGUGGGCGAAGGUUUGAUCAAAUUAAACCAAAUACGGGAUAUCUUCGAGAACCACAGAAAAGCAUUCAGCGAACAGGAAGCCGAACUCGUGCAACUGUUUUUAAACGAUUUUCGUGUCCCUAUUGACAUAGCAAACGAGAUUCUCGGUACAUUGAACAUUGAGCACAUGCACAAUCAACACAGUCAACACACUGAAGGUAUUGACAUUGAGAGUAAAGAUAAUGAAGCUGAAAACAUUGAGAUAUAUGCGAAUGCAAAAAAAGACGAGAAUUACUCGAAUGAGGAACUGUGCGUUUUCGCUAUUCGAAGAGACCAUGAUCCUCGGCUUCUUUCCCUCCACGCAGAGGUAGAGAGUUUGCAACAAGAGGAACAAUCAUUGCUUAAUAAUGUUCGGACAACAGUGACCUUAUUAGAUCCUAAGGCAACUGUAAUGCGAAAGGACCAAUGUGGACGAUACUUCAACGUGAUUCAGAAUCUCGUGUCGUCCCAAGUUUACGGAAGAAAUAAGCAAAAUGUUUGCGGAGCAUGA